GAGCUCAUAAUACUCUCCACGAUCUUUUCGCCGUCGAUGACAAAAUAGAAACCCUCAAUGUAAAUCUGCCUCCAUCGAAUGUUGAAGCUUUUCAAGGCUUGUAAGAGGGGAAAGAAGAAGGAGAGUUAAAAACGAUGAAGGAAUUCAUAGAUCUCGAAUAUGGAAGGAAAAAAGCCUCGGGGAAAUCCUUAUGGGAAGCAGCUUCCGUUUUUAGCAAUAAAUUGAGGAAAUGGAGGAAAAGACAGAGUAAAAAGGAGAAAAGUGAGGGCUUGGUUCUUGAGAAUAACAACGGAAAGGGAUUAAGAGAUACCCAAUCGGAGAUCGGGGAAUACGGGUUGUUCUGCAGAAGAUCUUGUCAUACUGAUCCUAGAUUAUCAGUCGAUUUUGCCCGUUUAUCUGUUGAUGAUUCAAGGUUUUCCAUUGAUGAGCCAAGGGCUUCUUGGGAUGGCUGCUUGAUUGGGAAACAAAACCCAGAGGUUAACGAGGAACCCAGUGUUGGGGAAGAGAGAUUGAGUGUUGUAAAAGAGGAGGAAAGGAGUAGCCCUGGUGGGUCAGCUCAAACGAGAGAUUAUUAUGCGGAUUCUUUUACUAGGAGGAGGAGAAGUUUUGACCGUUCAUUUUCAAAUAGGAAGAUAAGUUUUGGGGAAGCUGAUGAUUUGAUUUCAUCGAUUUCUAAUGCUAAAGUGUCACCCGAGACUGUUGGGCUAUUUCAUGGCGCAAAACUGUUGGUUACCGAGAAGGAACUGAGGGAUUCCAAUUGGUAUUCUAAUGUGGAAUCUGGUUCUAAGGAUGUCGUUGUUAAUGGAGGUGUUGAUCAAAAAGCCUUUAAUUUGAAGAAGGCAAGGAGCAGGAGAAAUGUUUGGAGUAUCUGGGGUUUAAUACCGAGGCGAAACCAAAGUGAAUUUGGAGAUAAUGAUACGAAUUUCGGAGGAUAUGUAGGGCAUGGGAGGCUAGCGAGUCGAUGCAGAAGCUUCGAAGGGUUGUUAAUGGAGAUGAAGACAGAGGUAUUGAACAAAAUGUGGGUGAAGGGACACUUCUGGAUUCACUGCAAAAGCUUAGGAGGAUUGCCAGUGGAGAUGAAGAUAAAGCUACAGGAGGAAAUGUGGCUGAUGGAACAUUAGUAGAGUCGUUGCAGAAGUUAAGAAGAAUGACCAAUGGAGUCGAAAACGGGAAUGUUGUAAGGGAUAAGCUUCUGCGGAGUUGAUAGUGU